GCCGCCAGUGAGCUUCAGCAGCGCCAUGCUAAUGUGUGCAAACCAGGAUGAAGGGGAAACAUAGUAUCAUGGUGAUCCUGCUGAACUGCGUCACUCUGGGGAUGUACCAGCCGUGCGAGAACAUCGACUGCACCUCAGAGCGCUGUCAGAUUCUACAGGCAUUCGAUGCAUUUAUCUAUAUUUUCUUUGCACUGGAGAUGGUGGUGAAGAUGGUGGCUCUGGGGAUCUUUGGCCAUCGCUGUUAUCUUGGCGAUACUUGGAACAGACUGGACUUUUUCAUUGUCAUGGCAGGGAUUGUUGAAUACUCCCUUGAUCUCCAGAACGUCAACUUCUCCGCCAUCAGAACAGUGCGUGUACUCAGACCUCUCAAAGCCAUCAACAGAGUACCCAGUAUGCGUAUCCUGGUGAACCUGCUGCUGGACACUCUGCCCAUGCUGGGAAAUGUGCUUCUGCUCUGUUUCUUUGUCUUCUUCAUUUUUGGCAUAAUUGGCGUGCAGCUAUGGGCUGGACUAUUAAGAAAUCGCUGUUACCCAGAGAAGAACUUCACCCUCACAUCUGGCAUCACCCUCCCCACCCCAUAUUAUCAGCCUGAGGAGGAUGACGAGCGGCCCUUCAUCUGCUCUCUGGCUCAGGAUAACGGCAUCAUGUCCUGCAGCGAUGUGCCCGCUCGGAGAGAAGGUGGACGGGAGUGCUGUCUAGAUAAAGAGGAUGCAUUGCACCGUCAGGCCCUGGGCCUGAGCGCGGAGCCGCUGGUCAAUGGCAGUGCCUCCACCAUGGGGCUCUGUGUGAACUGGAACCAGUACUACACCCGCUGUCACACAGGACACACCAACCCACAUAAAGGAGCGAUCAACUUUGACAACAUAGGUUACGCAUGGAUCGUCAUAUUUCAGGUGAUCACGCUGGAGGGUUGGGUGGAGAUCAUGUACUACGUCAUGGAUGCUCAUUCCUUCUACAACUUCAUCUACUUCAUAUUCCUCAUUAUCAUUGGAUCUUUCUUCAUGAUUAAUCUGUGCCUGGUGGUCAUUGCCACUCAGUUUUCGGAGACCAAACAGCGAGAGCACCAGCUGAUGCAAGAGCAACGUGCUCACUACCUGUCCUCCAGCACGCUGGCUUCGCUCGCUGAGCCCGGAGACUGUUACGAGGAGCUCUUCCAGCUGGUCUGCCACAUCCUGCGCAAGGCCCGCCGCCGCUCAGCCGCCCUUUACUACAUGCUCCGUGGCAAAGCCCCUCCCCCUGGGGGAGGGAGGUGGCGUGGCAAAGGAGGAGCAGGAUCGACAGGGGGAGGGGCUAAUGUGAAUGGCAGCGAAAGACACCACUGCCAUUCUACUCAGAUCCCUCAUUGUAUUCAUGAUACCAAGUUGGACCAGAGCUCCCAAUCUCUGGAGAACGCCAUCUCCCUCUCCGUCACCCCAAACACAGAGGAGUGUCUACAGUGUGCUGCAGCCCCGUCAAUCAAGGAGGGGCUGGGACUGACGGGGCACUCGGCCAAUGGGGAGGAAGAGGAGGUUGCACUGGAGGAGAACGACAGAGAUGAGAACCGCUUGGACGAGAAGGGGGACAAUGACUCUGAGGGCAUGCCGAAGAGGAAACACACCUGUUUAGGGAAAUGUAAAGAUAUUUGGGAUGAAAUGAGCGCAAAGCUUUGGGGUAUAGUUGAAAGCAAGUAUUUCAACAGAGGGAUUAUGAUCGCCAUCCUCAUCAAUACGAUCAGCAUGGGCAUCGAGCACCAUAACCAGCCUGAUGAACUGACUAAUGUCCUGGAGAUUUGUAACGUAGUGUUUACCAGUGUGUUCACCCUGGAGAUGAUCCUCAAGCUUACUGCCUUUGGCUUCUUUGAAUAUCUUAGAAACCCCUACAACAUAUUUGAUGGCAUUAUUGUGAUCAUCAGUGUAUGUGAGAUCAUUGGGCAGUCUGACGGGGGUCUGUCCGUCCUGAGGACGUUCAGACUGUUGAGGGUCAUAAAGCUGGUGCGGUUCAUGCCAGCUCUGCGCAGACAGCUGGUGGUCCUGAUGAAGACCAUGGACAAUGUGGCCACCUUCUGUAUGUUACUAAUGCUCUUUAUCUUCAUAUUCAGUAUUCUGGGAAUGCACAUAUUUGGCUGCAAGUUCAGCCUGAAGACAGAGGCUGGGGACACAGUACCUGACAGGAAAAACUUUGACUCCCUGCUUUGGGCCAUUGUCACAGUGUUUCAGAUCCUAACUCAAGAGGACUGGAACAUGGUUUUGUAUAACGGCAUGGCCUCUACCUCCCCCCUGGCGGCCCUGUAUUUCGUCGCGCUCAUGACUUUUGGGAACUACGUUCUGUUCAAUCUGCUUGUGGCUAUCUUAGUCGAAGGAUUUCAGGCUGAGGGUGAUGCUAACCAUUCCUACUCUGAUGACGACAGAUCCUCUUGUAACUUAGAAGAAACUGAGAAAAAGGACUCACUCCAGCUGUCCGAUCCCAAGAUUUCCACUUUGACCCCUAAUGGGCAUCUGGAUUUGGCACCUGCACCCAACGCCAGGGGCCUGUACCCAUCUGAAAGGCUGAGCUUUGCCCUGAGUUCCCGCAAGAGCAGCAUGAGCUCUUUGAGCAGGGCUAGCCUGGAGCAGACGACGCUGUGUCCAGGGCGAGCCUCUAUGUACCACAACUGGGGACAGCCUGCACGACCAGGAAUAUGGAGUCGCAGGUCAAGCUGGAACAGCUUAAGUCGAUCCUCUAGAUGCCUGGGGAUGGGGGGCGGAGGCAGUUUAAGGGUCUGUAGCCCUCACUCUCGCCCCACUGAGCAGGAGUCCCUGCUGUCUCCUCCGCCCCCUCCUCUGCUCUCUAGACGCUUCGUCCCGCGCAGAGAACGGCGGGCUCUCUCUUUGGAGCUUCCUGAGCUGCUGCAGGUGCCUGGACCGGCCCUGCCUCCUCUGCAUGCACGGCAGCGCAAGAAGAGCUUCUCUGGGGGUCUGGGAAGCGUUGGAGAGCACCAGGACUGUAAUGGGAAGACACCAUCAGUCCAACCACAAAUCAUCAAUGAAGUCUACCCUCAGGUCAAUGCACGCAAGGACAGGGAGGAUCUGGACAAUGAGCUGGACUAUGCAGCAAGGCAGCUCACUUGGUUCAGGAUAUUGUGCCAGUCCAUUAUAGCCCAUAAGUUGUUUGACUAUGUGGUGCUGGCCUUCAUCUUCUCAAACUGCAUCACUGUGGCUCUGGAGAGACCCAAGAUCCUUCAGGGUAGCCUGGAGAGGCUUUUCCUCACCGUGUCCAAUUACAUUUUCACAGCCAUAUUUGUGGGGGAGAUGACACUCAAGGUGGUGUCUAUGGGUUUGUAUAUUGGAGAGCAGGCGUACUUGCGCAGCAGUUGGAACGUUUUGGAUGGUUUCCUGGUGUUUGUGUCUUUGAUUGACAUUGUUGUGUCAAUGGCGGGCGGGGCUAAGAUACUGGGGGUGCUCAGGGUUCUUAGGCUUCUGCGCACACUGCGCCCCCUCAGGGUUAUCAGUCGAGCUCCUGGCCUCAAACUGGUUGUGGAGACUUUGAUCACCUCUCUAAAGCCUAUAGGAAACAUUGUUCUCAUCUGCUGUGCCUUUUUCAUCAUCUUUGGCAUCCUGGGAGUCCAGCUUUUCAAAGGCAAGUUCUACUACUGCUUGGGCCUGGAUGUCAAAAACAUCACCAACAAGUCUGACUGCCUCUUGGCCAAUUAUAAGUGGGUCCAUAACAAGUACAACUUUGACAACUUGGGGCAGGCCCUGAUGUCCCUGUUUGUGCUGGCAUCGAAGGACGGCUGGGUCAGCAUCAUGUAUCAUGGUCUGGACGCAGUGGCAGUGGACCAGCAGCCCAUAACCAAUAACAACCCCUGGAUGCUGCUGUACUUCAUCUCCUUCCUCCUGAUCGUCAGUUUCUUCGUGCUGAACAUGUUUGUUGGAGUGGUGGUGGAGAACUUCCACAAGUGCCGACAGCACCAGGAGGUGGAGGAGGCCAAGAGGAGGGAGGAGAAGAGACUGAGACGCAUGGAGAAAAAGAGACGGAAGGCCCAGAAGUUGCCCUACUAUGCCAGUUACAGUCAUGUGCGAUUGAUGAUCCACACCCUGUGCACCAGUCACUACCUGGACAUCUUCAUCACCUUCAUCAUCUGUGUAAACGUUGUGACUAUGUCACUGGAGCACUACAGCCAGCCUCAUUCUCUGGAGAUCGCACUCAAGUACUGUAAUUAUUUCUUCACCAGCACCUUUGUGCUGGAGGCUGUCCUGAAGCUCAUCGCGUUUGGCUUCCGACGUUUCUUCAAAGACAGGUGGAACCAGCUGGAUUUGGCUAUAGUGCUGCUGUCAGUCAUGGGCAUCAUAUUGGAGGAGAUCGAGAUCAGUGCAUCUCUGCCCAUCAACCCCACCAUCAUACGUAUCAUGAGGGUCCUACGCAUCGCACGUGUGCUAAAGCUGUUAAAGAUGGCCACGGGAAUGAGAGCGCUGCUGGAUACGGUAGUUCAAGCCCUGCCACAGGUGGGGAAUCUUGGCCUCCUCUUCAUGCUGCUGUUCUUCAUUUAUGCUGCACUGGGGGUGGAAUUGUUUGGAGAGCUGGUGUGCAACGAGGACUACCCAUGUGAGGGCAUGAGUCGGCACGCCACCUUUGAGAACUUCGGCAUGGCGUUCCUUACCCUCUUCCAGGUCUCCACUGGUGACAACUGGAACGGCAUAAUGAAGGACACUCUUCGAGAAUGCCCACCGGGCGAAUACACCUGUAAUCCCAGCCUACAAUUCAUCUCUCCGAUGUACUUUGUGAGCUUUGUGCUCACGGCCCAGUUUGUUCUCAUCAAUGUGGUCGUGGCAGUGCUGAUGAAACACCUAGACGACUCCAACAAAGAAGCCCAGGAGGAGGCAGAGAUGGAUGCGGAGAUUGAACUGGAGCUGGCCCAGGGAACGCUCUGCUGCAUCGGAGGAGGCGGGUCUGGAGCAGAGAGGAGCAGUGGGGGGCACCAAGGGGCUGGACCCUGCUCUACUCUUCCACCUCACUCCCCGAACAAACACCCAGGUGCCCACGAGCCCAACAGCACCAGGAAACUCUACUCACCAGCCCAGGAGAACUUGUGGCUGGACAGUGUAUCUCUGCUUAUCAAAGAUUCAUUUGAAGGGGAGAUGCUGAUGAUUGACAACCUCUCUGGCUCCGUCUUCCAUCAUUACUCCUCCCCACCCAUCUGCAAGGACUGCAGGACUCAUCCGCAAGAGCAGAUCCACAUGGCUGAACUGGAGCAGGCAUCUCUGAGGUCGGAGCAGCUCUCGGAUAAGUCAUCCUCACCAGCGCUGCCUGAUGACCUCAGCCUGGACGAGCAGAGCGUGUACCAGAUGGCUGCCAAAGAGGGCAAGGAAAGGGGCUGUGAUGAGUGCCUAAACACUGAAGAACCUGGAGGGAGAGGUCACAGCAGGUUACGGCGACCCUCUCGGGUUCACAGCUCUGGGACAGAAGAGGGGGUGGCAAUGAAUGGAGCCAGUUCUCAAAGUCCACAUCACAACACACCUGCUCGUCACAGCAUAGGUGGAGUUCCCAGCAGUAAUCAGGAGUACCCAGGGGUUUCUGGAGCUUCGAGCCGCUCUACCACUCCCAUCCAUCUCCCUGCUGAAUUCUUCCACCCAGCUGCUGCGGCCCUCCCGGCACCCCCGAGAGGCCGACCGGGACACAAACCAAGAGGGCUCCGGCUAACAUCCCCAGCCUCAUGGACAUCUCUACGCUCUCCUGGAGCAAACACCAGGCUGCUCACCACACAGUAUCCAUCUCACAGUGACUCCUCCCUGGCUACGGGCAGCUCAGAGAGCAGCCUACCAACCACCAUGGAAGAAGGGCUCAGUUUCACCACCCAGCCACUGCUGGACACACUCCUUGACGAUCGCUCCAGCCUCUCCACAAAGACCCUGAGACCCAGCCCUCCAGCCACCCAGAACGUCCAAACUAUAAGGGGGCACCAGCGCAGCAAGAGCAGUUGUGAAAGGGACAUUAAUGCAGGAAGAACUCGGCAAGACUCCGAUGAGGAUGUAGGGAUGGUACGGUGCGGUUCUAACCAGACGUGCGACAGCCAGCAGCUCUCAGAGACACCGAGCAGCCUGUCGCUCACAUCGCUGCUUCUGCCGAGCUCUCUAGCGCCCCUGUUUGUGAAAAAGUGCAACAGCACAGGUAGCUUAGACCAGGGGACUUUCACAACCCAAGAAAAUGUGUUCAUAAAAGAGCCACAGGGUAAAAUCACCAGCUCCUGGAAAGAAAGGAAAGAAGGAAGAAGAGAGAGUCAGUCGGAGGCAGCACAAGGAAAAGACAGGGAAAGUACAAGCCAAAUAACAAUUGUGGGCUCCAGAAGAAAUAGAUGAAACUUUACCUAGUGUUAGUUAUUGCUAAGGCCCAAUACUCAAUCUCUGUUUUUUUUUUCAGGGAGCAGUUUGACAUGUGGCAUUCCAUCUUAAAGUCUUUCUCUCUCUAUCUCCCUGUUUUCAUUUGAGACCUGUUACCAUUUUGUAUUUGCUUGUGGUAAACGUCCGACAGGACUGUAGAGAAACUGGAGAGAGAGACCUGAGAGCAGUUUGGCCCCUUAGAGCAUGACUAGACAGAAGGGGACUGUUCAGACAGCUGCCUGAACAAUCAGGUCAGGAGACGACAUACAGUACAGGAAAAGCUUUCCAUAUGCUGGAAUGCUGGGAGUUUUCUUAAAUGUUAGUUAAAAAGGGGAAAAAAAAGAUAAACCCAAAAGUAUAUAUAGAGGAACUGAAAAGAUAAAGAGAUACAGAAAAAAAUACAGUAAAGGAGAUUUCUUCUCUAAAAGAGGGCAUGUUGUGUUUAAUGAUUUAAUGCAGUUACAUUACAAGGAAGAGUUUAGGAUUUUAACUCUUUCAGUAUACACAUACUUUUUUACAGGUUUUUUCAUUCUCUUGUCAUUUUGUUUGUUUGUAUUUGUGUGUUUCUACAUCAUUGAGGAGAGAGAACAGUGUUCCUCAUUCAACCUGAAGCAAAGCAUUCAUUUAGAGAGUGUCCAAACUUAAUGAGAGGA